CAUUUCUGUGAGGCUAAAGGCGAUAUGCAUGGCUUAUGGCAGAGUAUGUGAUGCACUGGGAAGUUGUCUUCCGGAUAUGCUUAGAGAUACCACCUUCAGCAGUUGUCUUUGUGAGGAUCCAGUGACGAGGAUGUGGCUGCAAGAAUUGCUUCAAAAGGUCGAUGGGAAUCUGGAUGCUCUACAGGCUGGAGGAUCGCUCAACGUUUUCUCCCGGGAAUUGCUCGACAAUGGUAGGUUUCGGAGUAAGAAAAUUGUACAAUAACUUGGCGUGAUUUUAUUUGAACAAUCCAUAAUCUUUGAUCUGAUGACAGGUUUUGGAGUAAGAAAGUUCUUCAAUAGCGUUUUCACGAAAAUCGAACUUAUUAAGAUCAAGCACAAGUUGUUCAGUCAGCAUCGAAGCCUCAACAGCUGAUGCCGACUGAGAGAGAUUGACAAACUUACAUCAAUCUCUCUCAUUCGGUCGGCAUUAGCUGUGGAGGCUUCGAUUGCGUCUUACGGCAUUGAAGCCUCGUCACUGAUGGCGAUCGAGAGAGAUUGAGGUAAGUGUGUCAUUAAAGACUUAAUAAUGACAAACUUACCUUAAUCUCUCUCAACCCUCAUCAGCUGCAGAGGCUUCGGUUGUAUUGGUUACUGCCAUUUUGUUUUAUUAUUUGUAUGGAGUAUGGACUCCUCGGGCAUGAGUAUGUAAAAUUUGAUUUUGGAUUGCGGUGAAGUUUCAAUUGACAGUUACACUUAGGGAUAAAGUAGAAGACUGCAAAUGUAUGUAUAACUAGAUGAAUAUCGAAGUCCAGUUUGACCUUGUUAGUUGUGGAGGACUCCUCCAUGUUAGAGAGUAAAUCGAUUUAUAAAAUAAAUUUAGUAGAAAAUACCAACUUGGGAGAACUUUACUAUAUGGAUUGCUCAUAUAAGCAAGUUUCCAAAAAUUAUGAAAUGAAUUAAUCUAAAAAGUCCAUUGAUUUUGCUUGUUUAGUUUUGAAAUACGGCACGUUGCAUCCUAUCCAGUAUGGAUGCCCCUUUUGCUUCCUUCUGUAAGUCUUCAAACUUUAGA